CCUGCCAAAAAUCUUCCCACUGCAAUAAUUCUUUCCCCUUGGCGCCUAGCAUCCUUCUUCCCUUACCUCUCAGUCCGCUCCUCCCUAAACCGCCUCAAUCUUCGCGUCCCGAGCACAGUCGCCCUCCGCCACAGCGGGCGUCGCUCUCAGUCGCGCAGCCACAGCCAGCCUCCAACUCCGCGUCGCAUCCAGAGCACGUCCGCAGCACCCCGAGUCCAACUCCACCUUGCCGGAAGAUUUUGAUUUUUGAAAUUGUGACUCGUGGCUUGGCAGUUUGGCAUUAAGUGAGGAAGUACUUUGCAGUUACUGGGUAUUCAUUUCUUGGCUAGUAUUUGCAGUACGAGGCGAAUUGAAUUUUUUUCAUCAAUCAGAGCUGAAGAAGUCUUCAACUUGUCUUGUGGUCAAUGGCUUCUAGUAACCAUUCUGAUGAUAAGUCCGAAAGCAGACUUUAUGUUGGCAACCUGGAUUUCAGAAUUUCAGAGGCUGCUUUGAUUAAGAUGUUUUCACCAUUUGGAAAGAUUAUUUCUGAAGACUUUCUGUGGCAUACUCGCGGGCCCAAACGUGGGGAGCCACGUGGUUAUGCAUUUGUUCAGUUUAGUACCAAAGCGGAAGCAGUACUAGCCAAGGAAAAGAUGCAUGCAAAGCUGGUUGGCGGGCGCCCGCUGAUGGUCCGUCUAGCUAGUGAAAGAUUCACGACGGAAGAGGUGGGAGAAAAUCCUUCGAAAGCAGUUGGCGAGACACCCAAAUCCCAUUUCUCUGGAGGCUCAUCAACACGGAUGAGCCGCGGUGCUAAAAUAGCUGCAAUAAAGAACAAACUGAAGUCUAUGGAAGAAGGAGAGGGCCACAAUCCAAAACGACGAAAACCCGCUGAGAGUCGCAAUAGUUAACUGGAAAGCAGCAUGUGGUUAC